AUGCGUAUUCUUUGCCUUCAUGGAAUGGGAACAAGCAGCAAGAUCUUCCAGGUUCAGACUGCCGCGAUACGCAGUGCUUUGUCAAAGAGCUUCUCUGCAACGUUCGAUUUUGUGGAGGGGGCCCUAGAAUGGCCAGCUGUUCUAGGUAUCGACCUCCUCGCCGGACUCAGUGCUGAGUACUUCGCAUACCACGAUACCGAUAAAUACGACACCAAAACUCAAGCGAUGGAUGAUCUCGAGGAAUAUGUAAAGUCUGAAGGCCCAUUCGACGGCGUGUUGGCAUUCUCUCAAGGCGCGGCUCUUGCUGCCAUGCUGAUUGCAAGGAACACAUUCCCUGCCCCAUUCGCGUUCGCAGUGUUCAUUUGCGGUGGUCCUCCUUUCUCGAAGAAGGAAAUUAAGGAGACAAACACUCUCAGAUCCUGUGAGAAUUAUAUCGACAAAGCAGGCAAGCCUGUACUCGGAAUAUCAACGGUGCAUUUAGUUGGGGCUCAAGACAAGGACCUAGAAACCUGUAUGAAGCUGGUGCAGAUGUCUCGUGAGGAGACCAGGCAGUAUUGGAAGCAUCUUGCGAGGCACGAGAUUCCAACCGCUCCAAGGGAUGUGACGGACAAGCUGGUUGAAACGAUUGAGAGAAAAGUUGAGAGGCCUAUGAAAGCCCAGUGA